AUGGCUUCCUCACGCAAGCGUUUGAGAGUCUCCUUUAGUCUCCCCCCAGAGGAGGAUAUCCCCUCUCCAUCGUUGCCAUCUCUACAAAGGACUGUCUCGCCACCUCAAAGCAAACGCUCCAAGAAGCCCAUGGCACAUGGAGCCGCAAAAAACCAGACCAAUGCCCACCAUCCGAGUCUGAUUUCUUCUCCCUUCGAACUCACCCAUAUCAAAGAUCUCCCAGACAAAGAAGGUCUCAACGAUGACACAGUCAAACUACGGGAUAUUCUUGGGCACCCUUUGAUCAAGGAGUGUUGGCAGUUCAAUUACUUGUUUGAUGUUGAUUUCAUGAUGUCCAACUUCGACCAGGAUGUCAGAGGCCUCGCACAAGUCAAAGUUGUUCAUGGGACCUGGGAGGAGAAAUCAUGGAAUAAAAUGACCAUUGACGAAUCAUGCUCUCGCUACCCGAAUGUCAAGCCCAUUACGGCCAUUCUGCCCGAACCCUUUGGAACUCACCACUCCAAAAUGAUGAUUAUCUUCCGACAUGAUGACCUGGCUCAGGUUGUUAUCCACACAGCCAACAUGAUUCCACAGGACUGGGCAAAUAUGACACAAGCGGUUUGGCGAUCUCCGUUACUACCGCUGCUGGGCCCGGGGAGCACAUCCUCUUCACGGGAAGACACAAUUUUAGGAUCAGGUCUACGGUUCAAAAUGGAUCUUCUCGAAUAUCUGCGGGCAUAUGGUCUCGAAAAAACCGGACCGCUAGUUCAGCAUCUAAGUCGGUUUGAUUUUAGUGCAGUGCGUGCUGCUCUGAUUGCAAGUGUGCCCUCGAGACAAAAGCUGAAUGGCUUGGAUUCCAACGAAGCAACAUUAUGGGGCUGGCCAGCUCUGAGAGACCUCACGACCCAGGUGCGCUCUAAGGUAGCCGGACAGAGUCACAAAGACUCUCAAAUUGCUAUCCAGGUCUCAUCGAUAGCUUCUCUUGGUAAAGAUGACCAAUGGCUCAAGAACUUUUUCAAAGCUCUUGCACCGAGAUGCAACCACCCACCAAAUUGCUCAAUCAUAUGGCCAACAAUGGAUGAAGUCGCUGAUUCCUUGGACGGUUAUGCAUCCGGUGGCUCACUCCACAUGAAAACUGAGAGUGCAGCCCAUCAGAAACAACUUCAAUACUUACUCCCGCAUUUAUGCCAGUGGUCCGGGGAUUCAAAUGUCAUUCACCCAUCUGCUGGGGACGACAACCCCAAGCGCAAGGCUGGCCGUGGCCGCGCUGCGCCGCACAUUAAAACAUACAUUCGAUUUUCCGAUGCGUCGAUGAACACCAUUGAUUGGGCCAUGUUGACAUCGGCAAAUUUAUCUAAACAGGCUUGGGGUGCGGUCCAAAAUGACAAAGGCCAAGUGAGAAUAUCCAGCUUUGAGAUUGGGGUGGUCGUUUGGCCGAAGCUGUACAUUGAUUCCUCUUCGCCGUUGCCUACACGCACUAGGAAGCCUCCGAGCGUGCUGAUGGUACCUUGCUUCAAGCGGAACCAACCUGAACCUUCCAAUCUAUCUCCAAAAAUUACUACUGUGGUUGGAUUGCGUAUGCCAUAUGAUCUUCCUCUCACUCCGUAUGGCACACAUGAUGAGCCGUGGUCUGCAAUAGCGCUGCAUCAGGCAAUCGGUCUGAUGGGAUUUUGA